AUGGUGGAGCAUGUCAGAGAGCUCAUGAAGUUAUCCACCAUUAAGAAGCUGGACAUGAACUAUGUCGGUUUCUUCUGCUGCACUCUGGGCCUCAUGGACAUGCUGGAGUCCCAUCAAAUGGCAGUUGUACUAUCCGGCCUAGCUACUUUACAUAAGCCUAUUAGGAAGACCAUCGCAGAGCACUUAGUCCGAACCUAUGAUACGUCGGCUCAGCUCAUGAAAGUGCUCGAGAUGCUGCGAGAGUUCAUCACUCUGUCUACACUCGAACAGCUUGGCAGACUGGGGCUUGACACUAUACAGCUUGAUACAUUACAGCUGCGGUCCCGUCAGUGGACGAGUUUCCUCACGGAAUGCAGGAGACCUAUGAAGGGGGCACUUGAGCUCAUCGCU